AUGACAAUGUCAACUUAUAAAGACAACUGGAAAAUUGCAGACUUUAAGCUGUUCAGUCUUCAAAUUAAUCCAAAACCAUUUGAAAAUUAUGAAAUUGAAGACCAGGAAGCUUCGGAGAACUCUUUCCUAUGCGCUGCCACAAAAAACUGCUAUGCGGAAUCAGUUUUUCCUAUAGCAGUUCGUGUGGUGACGAUAAUAGGUGCGUGUAGGAACCUUAUUGAGAAAUUACCAAUUGAGAUUAAAAUUGCUGAUCAACAGAAUUCAGUAGCUCUUAGUUCACCUUCAUUACAAAUUCAAGCACACAUUUCCAUCUCUCUGUAA